AGUGGGUAGGUCGAUUGGGAAGCGCGGCAAGGAUGAGAGCAAGUAUGAUGUGUUGAGAGAAGUGUGGAAGAGUGUGGCUGUGCCAUGUAUAAUGUUUGGUAUGGAUGUGAUUGCAUGGAAUGAAAGUGAAAUUGAUAAGUUAGAAGUGGGCCAGAAUAGAGUAGCAAGGAUGGCACUGAGUGCACCGAGGUGCACAGCAGUUGAAGCCUUGAGAGGUGACAUGGGAUGGAGCACCUUCAGAGAAAGACUGACAAAAGCCACACUUAAGUACAAGAUUAGGCUUGAGAGAAUGGAUGAUGCAAGAAUAGCAAGGAAGGUGUACCUGUGGAAUGAAAGUGGAAGCAAAUGGAAGAAGAGAUGCAUGAGAAUGACAGACAGGAAUGGAUUGCAAGUUGUGUGGGCGAUAAGAAUGGCUGGUAGGAAUCAAAAUGAGCGUGAAUGGGUGGUAACAAGAGGAGGCAGAGUGGGAGCCGAAUGGGAUGUGAGAAAAUGGAAGAAUGAGAUAGACAAAGAAGUGAAAUGUGUGGGACUGAAUGAAUGGAAGAAUGAGAUGGAAAGAAAGAAGACCCUGGAAUGGUACAAGGAGAAAGAGGCCCCGAGGUAUGAAAGGUGGUAUGAUGGAAGCCUGGGUGGUGAUCUUCUCUUCCGAGCGAGGGCACAGUGUAUGGAUGUGAAUGCAAGAAGUUACAGGUGGUCUGAGUCCCGCAGCAAAGUAUGCUAGAUGUGUGACAUGGGAGAGGAUGAGACGGUGGAACAUGUGGUGCUGGAGUGUGUGAAGUAUGCCAGAGACAGGAAUGAGAUGAUGCAAGUGAUACUGACUGAGUUAGGGCAUGAUAGGAAUGAAAGAGUGGAGAAGACGGGAAAAGAGUGGAUGGUGUUGUUGCUGGGACUGUGUAGAGAGGCGAAUGAAAGGAUGAUUGAGGCGGUGAAAGAGUUUCUGGAGAGAAUGUGGCGUGCCAGGUGUAUGAACAAUUAGGAUAUAGGAUGCUGUUCGUUUCUCUCUUUUUUUCCCCUUUCUACAGGAGUUGCCGAUCCAAAGGCCUGGCUCAGGAGUGAUCCUGUGCCACCUGUACCAUCAAGAUCAAGAUCCAUUAAGAUCAAGAUCAAAAUCACCGGUCUGGGAGAUCAAUGAUGUUUGGCUGUGUUUCUUGAGUGAAGCUACAGCACCCUAAUUUGGUUGGUACAUUCCACGUCCAAAAUGACGGGCCUGUCACCGCUGGUGGUGGAGCAGUGUGCCGUGGUGGCAGGGCUGCUGGCUUACCUCACUGGCCUGGUGACAGUGCGUCCCCGCCCCGCAGGCAGCCCCCAUGAUACCCUGGCCAGGUACUCCAAUGACUCCCAUAUGGCUGUGGAAAAGGUGGUGGUGGUGGUGAUUGAUGCAUUGCGUGCAGACCACCUGGUGACUGCUGCUGCUCCCCUCAUGCCCUACCUGCAAGGACAGCUAGCCUCUGGUGCUGCACGUGGCUACGUUGUCCACACGGCUGCCCCAACUGUCACUUUGCCCAGGAUCAAGUCGUUGGUGACGGGCAGUGUUCCGGGUUUCAUGGACAUCAUUGAAAACUUUGGAGCCGGAGAGCUUGUGGAUGACAACAUCAUUCGAAGAUGGGCAGCGCAGGGAAGACGAAUCCACUUGUAUGGGGAUGACACUUGGCUCAAGGUGUUUCCCUCACAGUUUUCAAAGCACCAGGGUGUCACCUCAUUUUUUGUCACAGAUUAUACAGAGGUGGACCGUAAUGUGACACAGCAUCUCACCAAGGUGCUUCCCUCUGAUGAGUGGGAUGUGUUGAUCCUCCACUAUCUUGGCCUGGACCACAUCGGCCACUUGGAGGGCCCCAUGAGUCCCCUGAUUGGACCCAAGCUGCUAGAGAUGGAUGCUGUGGUCAAAAACAUCCACGUCACUCUUGAAGCCAAGGGGUUGAAGUACUUGGUGUUGGUGUGUGGCGACCAUGGCAUGAGUGAUGCGGGUGGACAUGGUGGAUCCUCCCACUCAGAGGUUACUACUUCUGCAUUGUUUCUCUCCAAUACUAUCAUCAAAAAGAGGCCAGAGAAGGUGCAGGAGGCAAGGCAGGUGGACCUGGCACCCACCCUUGGCCUCCUGACAGGUAUUGGGGUGCCUGAAGGCAGUGUGGGACGACCAAUAACUGAGUUGCUGCAAAAUAUUCCACCAGAGAAGAGAAUGGCUCUGCACAGCCAGGCUGCCAGACAGCUGCUAGCCAUUGCUAAGGGUUCUGGCCUCCAUCUUAAUCAUGGUAAUGUAGAGCUGCUUUUUCAACAAACAACACUACUUCAUGAAAGAAUUGUGCAAGACCUGCGCCAGAACCCUGCAGGCAGCAGACCAGAAGUAGAGCGUGUCUGCAAGUUCUAUGGGGACUGCCAGCAGGAAGUGUCUGAUGCCCUUGCCACUCGCCAGCAGAGCUAUGACCUUCCCAUCAUCUAUCUUGCCACCUUUGCUCUCCUUAUGAUACUUGCGGGAUGUGUAUGGCGACAGGUUAAGGGAGGCCCGCUGGCCCCAAGGAAGCAGGUGGUGGGUACCACAGUGGGUUGGUGUGCAGGAUGCACCUUUCUGGGUUGGCUCCUGGUGUGUGCUGGUGCCUCAGGGUCAAAGAUGUGCCAUCUGCUGCAGCCCAGUGCAUGGCUGCUAUUCAUGGCAUUUGUCUAUGUCAUGGUGGCACUGGCCUCAUCAUCCUCCUCUUCCACCAUCACCAGGAACACACACAAACCUGCAGAUAAUCCUGGUUCGAAAGAUGCAGUCCACUACUUUUUGAUGUUUGGGACUUGUCUUCACUCACUGAGCUUGCUGGGAACCAGUUUAGUCGAAGAGGAACAUCAGACGUUGUACUUCUUCACCACCACCCUUCAUCUGUAUCUCAUUUUCAAGAUAAUAAGAUUUAACUUCCAAGGUUCAGGUGCUUGCCAGGGCCACAAGUCUUCAGCUUACAAGACCACCAGCAAAGAGGAAGACACCAGUUACUUGCACCUGCCCACUCAAGUGAAGCAAGAGAAUCGUGAACUAAGUCUUCUGGAAAAGGCCUACCUUCCUCAAAACAAGAUACUUUUGCUCCUGGCAUUGAGUUUGGUGCUGAGCAGAAUCCUAAGGGCCUGGAAUGCCACGGGAGACAAGUGGCGGCACCUGGAGGACCUGGGUGACAUCCUGCGUGCUCUAGGAGGGAGAACAUUGGUCCUUGUGGUGGUGGCUGGACUUGUGCUUUCCUUCCUCAUACUCCUGCACACAUCAUGGCCUCUUGUGUUGAUUGCACUCAUUGCAGUGUUUGGGCGACAUUAUCCUUUCCUUGCUAGUGGCACUUUUGAGGCCCAGAUUGCAUACCUAGCCAUAAUUUGCCUAUAUGUCUAUGGACUUUUUAAAGCCAAACUGAUUGACUUGAGAGCACACAGUAAGGUUCCCAAAAUGACAGAGGAAUAUGAUGUAGAGGAUGAUAAGAUGAGCACUCUGCUUCGGUACAGCUACACUGCUCUGAGUCUGCUGUGUCUACUUCUUCAGCGGAUAGACAAUGUGGGAAUGCUGUCCCUGAUCCUGCUGCAGAACUGGAUCCUCAGUCGUGUGCUGUACAGGCUGGCACUGGCCCGCUACUUGUCGUGGGAGGGAGCAGCAAUGGCCAUCAGCUGGCUGGCCUUCACGCAUUACUUCAAUCAGGGUAACAGCAACAGCCUGACAACAAUAGAUAUGAGUGCUGGGUUUGUGGGUGUGAAUUCCUUCCAUCCUCUUCUGCAUGGCAUCCUCAUAGCCACCCAGACAUUCGGGGGCACAUUUCUCACCUACCUGGCCUUCCUGGUGCACCUCGCCUCCAAGGAUGGCUCCAAGGAAAGGUGGCAGAGGCAGCUGUAUGUGUGGUGGUGUGUGCGCCUGGCCACGGUGACCCUCUACGUCCUGAACGUGUUGUGUCAGCGCCACCACCUCUUCAUUUGGUCUGUGUUCACCCCCAAGCUGCUGUACGAAGGAGCGCACGUCUUGGUGCUGUGUGCCCUCACCCUCUACAUGUGGGGGGUUGAGAAAGUGUGCACACUGCUUGAGGUCACAUAUAGAUUUGAAUAAUUCUCUCUCUCUCUCUCUCUCUCUCUCUCUCUCUCUCUCUCUCUCUCUCUCUCUCUCUCUCUCUCUCUCUCUCUCUCUCUCUCUCUCUCUCUCUCUCUCUCUCUCUCUCUCUCUCUCUCUCUCUCUCUCUCUCUCUUGUUAGUAGACAUUGGAAUUAGACCUUGAUUCAAAUAAUGAAUUGGGUUUUUUAUAAUGGUUUUAUAAUUUUUUAUGUAAUUUUAAUUUAUAUUUUAUUAGACCACAGCAGAUGUGGUGUAAUACUGUGGUGUAAGAAUUGGAAUAGUAGCAGGGCUCAUGAUGGAGAGGCAGGGGUAAACUAGUGUAUGCUGCCAGGCCUUGCUGUGGAGGUAUGUGGCCAGCUGUGCUGUGCCUAAGCUCCUGUGGUGUAGUAAGAUGAUGGAGAAGACUGUUUCUUUCCAUCAGGGACUGAUGGGGUUAAGAGUGUAAAUGAUGUGUGUGUGUGUGUGUGGUGCUUGGUCUGCAGUACCCAUGUGGGAUUACUUAUCUGGUUUAUAGAUAGAUAUAUUGUAGAUAUAGUACAUAGAUAUAUUGUAGAUAGUUAUAUAGAUAGAUAUAUUGUAGAUACAAAAGAUAGAUAUUUUGUUAAUUUCAGAUAAAGUGAAAUGCCAUUUUAGCACAAUUUUGAUUGUAAACUGAUUGUAUCCUAAAUCAUGUUUUGAUGUCUCAUGAUAAAACUGAUUUGAUUCUUUUAGAAAAAAGAUAUGCGAGAGCCCAGUCACAAUCAUAUUUACAUACCAUUUACUAUUAGAGUGAUAUUGAAAAAUAGACUUUUAGCUUGCAUGACUCAUGUAAAUUUUCAAAGCUACAAAAGCUACUCAGUCUCAAAUAGCUGACCUGUAUAAUAUUUCUUGUCAUUCAACUAAACAUUGGUGGGAUGCAGGAUGGUGAAAUUUCUUGCAAUUUACACCACUGCAUGUGUUAGGGGCCAAAAUACAUGUAUAUAUAUAUACAUGUAUUGCAUGCAUGGUAUUUGAAGAAAUAUGGAUUUGUCAGCCAUGAUAAGUCACUAGUUUUGAGUGGGCAUCUCUGAGACAUGUUGUGGGAGAUGAAGAAAACCACAGCAGUUUACAGAAGGCCUGGAUCUGACCAGCUGUGAUAUGAAGUAUGCAAGGUGUUGAGGAUCUAUUGUGGUUAUUACAAGCACAUACAGUAGUCACAAUUAUCCUAGUAGGUUCUCUUGCUGCCUGUUGGUGAGGCAGGGAGCUGGUGUGUGGAACCCUAUCAUGACCAUCCCUUAAGGGAGGAGUUCCUGGGAAUGGGUUUCAAGUUCAAAUAGGAUGCAAUUGUAUUUAUUAAACAACUCAGGGUUGCAUGUGUUAUUUAUGUAGAAGUCAUUAGUAUUAUCCCCAACCCUGAAGCCUGUUAAAGCUUUAUGCACUGCUGAAGAUCUUGUUAUAAUUGAGCCUUUUGUGUGCAAACAAAGGAUGAUCUAAGUAAAAUCACUAAAAGUGUGUAUAGCUAACACUUCCUGUCUGCUAACAAGUUCUCCUUACCAGCAUUGCCCAGUGGCAAGUUUAUAAAAAAUUCUCCAAAGCUGUAAAAAUAUUUCCUCUAAUAUUAUCGUCCAUCAGCUACACUGUUGCAGAGUAUUAAGGCUGUAUCUUGAUUUAUACUAUGUAAAAAAUAAUAAAAAAAGAUGCGCGCC